GGGCUGCCCACAAUGGCCCAAUCAACCCAACCCGGCCCACCUACCUGAGAGUGAUACUUUCCCUUCUCCUAACCCUAACCCUAACCCUAUCACAAACAUUCAACACAAAAUCUCCUUUCUCCACCAUUUCCAGUGGCAGCCCCAUAUUUGAGUUCAGGAGAUAUGAAUCAGAUUUUUGUGUUGGAAUGAUUGAAAAAGUGAGAGAUUUUCAUUGUUUGGUAAGUGUGAGAUGCCAAUUUGGAAGGCUUUGAAAAGUGGCUUAAAUGAAGACUAAAUACUACCACCCAUCCAUUUUAUUGCUAAAGGAAGACCUUUAGUUCUCUUCCAAUUUCAUGAAAUUAGUCAAAGCUUACCUUGUUAAUUGUAUGUUUUUCGAAUAAUUGCUAACAUCCAUUAUCAUAUAUUGUUUUUAAGCUUAUAAAUUUGAAUAUCUCGUCUUUAUCUUCAAUGUGAUAUUUACGUGUUGUUACAAUAAUCUUGCUUCAAAAGAACUCUAUUGAAAAGAGCUCUUCAAAAAAUCUCGUCAUUCGUAUUUUUCAUUCCACACAUCAUCCAGAACAAAAGGAAACCCAGCCAAGCAAAGUGUCCCUUGGAAGUAUGGGUGAUUGUAUCCGACAAUUUUGUUGUUAUUAAGAUAACAAAAAUUAUUUUGGAAAAGUUGUUGGAAAAAGAAACAAAGAAAUUUCUUUUCGUUCUCGAUGAUUUGUGGAAGGAAAAAUAUGAGCGGGUUUUUUUUUGAAAAUUUCUUUUUAAUCUGAUGCAAAAGAAAGUAAGAUAAUUGUGACAAUCACAUUGAAGAUUAAGACAAAUGUUCAAACUUAUGAGUUUAAAAUCAUGUCUUAUGAUGGAUGUUGGCUUCCAUUUGAAGAACAUACUUUCGAUAAUGUAAAUUUUGAUAAGUUUCUUGAAAUUGUUAAGAAGUGCAAGGUUUCCUUUAGCUGUAAAACCGAUGGCUGGUCUUUUACGAAACUUGCCGAGACAUGUACUACAAAGUGAUGUAUGGGAGUUACCAAACUGUUGCGAUAUUGUUGUAGCUUUGUGGUUGAGCUAUCGAUUUCUUCCCCCUUAUUUGAAGCCUUGUUUUUCUUAUCUAUCAAACAUGUCCCAAAAAUUACGAAUUUGGUGAUGUUGAUAGAAAAAGAUUAAUUUAAUAUGGAUGGCAGGUCAUUUGCAGCCUCAAAUAUGUAUGUUAUUCAUAUUGUUGUAUUGAAAAUUAUGCUGAGUUAGAGACUAUUAUAUGUGUUGCAUAGGCAGUUCCUUUAAAUUGAUCAAUUUCUGGUGGAAGAAUUGGUGAUAUUUAACAAUUUCAUUGAGAAAACUGAAGUGAAUACAGAUUAGUUUGAAAGCUGAAGAAGCUUUGGAUAUGGGAAGAGGGGAUGGAGCUCGCUCGGCUUCUGAUCAGAUCUUAACUUCUUCUAAGAUUGAAAACGCACAAAGUGAAGAGAAUGUUUCCACAGCGGAGGUGAGUGCAAAGUCGUUAGAGCAUCAUGAAGAUGAGUUGGAAUUGUGAAAGGCGGCUGCACUGCAGAUAUGGGAUUUUACCGAGAACAACUCGAGGAGAAAAUAGAGUCUUAAAGGAAUCAUCUUAAAGAGUUGAACUCUAAACUCUCAAUGGUACUAACUCUUUUAUAUAUGAUAGUCUUAACAUGUUUCUAAUCCAAUAAAUUUGGUUAUUUUUAACUUGAGAUCUUUGUAGGUCUCUUUAUUCUUAUCAAAUUUAGCAAUUUUAACAUUUUAGGCUAUACAUCAAGACUGCAUAUUGAUUUCGUUUUUUAUUGGGCCAAUAUUCCUCUUUUGAUGUUGAUGUUUAUGAAUAAUCUAUUUCAUAUAUACAAGUAGUAAUUAUGUAUGAAUUAUUAUUAUAGGGUGUUUGAAAAUAAUUGUGUAAUUAUUAAGGUAGUACACAGCAUGUUAAUAACAAUUUAAUUACAUCAAUUUUCAAUUAUUUAGGCUUUUUAAUUAUUUCCAUGUAAUUAUGUAGUCAAAUAAAUAUACAAAAUUGUGUAGUUACAUUCAAUUGCACUCAAUUUCAACCUGCCCUUAAUGAUUGGCAAAUGAGUAGUAAUUACAUAAAAAAUUAACAUUGAUUAUCCAAAAAUAGUAGUACUGCUCUAAAUUACACUAUUUUAAUUACUUUUCAACUUUCCAAACACACCCUGAAAGUAUACUUAGCAAUACAAUGAGCGAGAAAGUUUACAUUUCUAUGCUCGAAACAAAAAACAACUGUACGACAAAGAGCAUCAAUGUUUACAAGAAUAUUGUCCAGUUCAUUACAGUUGUUUUUUUAAUGAUAAAUUAUUUAAUAUUUCAUUAAAAUGCAAAAAAAAAAAAAAAUUAUUGUUUUUUAAUCUCCUACAAUCAUCUAUUUCCAUUUGGGAAAUUUGAUUUUCUAUACUUACAUAUAUUUAAUAUUUUAUUUCUAAACUAAUACAUAUCAUCAUUGAAAAUAUAUGACCACUUUAUCUAAAAUCCAAAAAUACCCCUCUCAAAUUUUCCAUACUUUUUUUUAGUGCAAAAACAUAAAAAAAAAAAAAAAAAAAAAAAAAAAAAUUGGUAGUCCGAUGGGGUCCGAUGGUAGUCCGAUGGUGGUCCGAUGGUCACCUGAUGCUACUUUUGUAUGCACAAAAACAUAAAAAAAAAAUUGGUAGUAGAUUUGGUCCGAUGGUAGUCCGAUGGGUGGUCCGAUGGGUCCGAUGGGUGGCCCGAUGGGUGGUCCGAUGGUGGCCCGAUGGGGUGGCCCGAUGGAUGGUCCGAUGGGUAGCCCGAUGGGUGGUCCGAUGGUGUAAAUGGGGUGAUGUAAAUAGGGGUAUUUUAAGGAUAUCAUAAAAAUUGUCAUAUUUUACAAAUAUUAGUUAUUAUUUGUUUAGAAAAAAAAUUUUAACCAAAUGUAAGCAUAAAAAAUCAAAUUUCCCUUCCAUUUUUAUUUACAUACAAUUUAAUCAAUAUACAUUUAGGUCAUUAUAUAUGUACUCAACUCAUACAAAAAAAUGAAACAAUUAAUCAUUACAAUAUAUAUCUAGAUUUACACAAAUAUAUAUAUAUAUAUAUCCAUUAUUAAAAGAAAAAUAAAAGUGUGUAUGUGAAUAAGAAUUAUUUUUCUUUGUCUUCCAUCAUAAAAUAAAUAAAAUGCACCAAUUCAAUAUAUUAUUAGAAAAGAUUUUAACAAGUUUAGAAAUGAGAUGUUUGUGUUUUUUAUUAAUAUUUCUAGAGAAUUAAUAUAUAUAUUACAAUUUUUUAAAAUAUAUAUAAUUAACUACCAAUUAGAUUAGAUGAGUUAUUUUUUGAGGUCAAACAACAUCCAAUCAAUUCAAUUUGCGCAAGCGCGAAUAUUCGCAUUUUGGACCUGACUCCAACCUAAACCUUGGAACCCAAAUAGACCUUGGCCCCGACCCCAAACUCGACUCGGCCCCGAUCUCGGCUUCAGAUCCGAAUCCAAUUUAAAUAAAAUCAACAAAUGAAAAUGAAAAUAAAAUUUACAGAACACACUUUUAUUUUUUUAAAAAAAUAAAAAAUAAAAAACAAAAGUGGUUAUAGGACACAUUUUUGUUUUUAAAAUCAAAAUUUUACUUUUAUUUUUGUGAUUAAAAAAUUUAAAAACAAAAGUGUUACCAACAUAAUUUGAGUGGAAAGGAUGUGUUUUGUAAAAACAGUCUAUAUAAAACGAUUAUGAAUUAUAUUGUGCGACCAUAAACGACCAUUAUAUUUUUACUUUGCAACCAUGACAGUAGCAAAGAAUAAAUUAAGUGAAGUUAUUUUAUAGAUUUUAGUAUUUCACAUUGUUAGUUUGACAAAUUUCACCUUUGAAUCUGAUCUUAUCACCUGCUCUUCAAUCCUAUAUGAGAGUAGGGAAAUCAUGUUAGCUUAGGACCUCAUUUAGUGUGAACCAAAUUAAACUCUCUUCUUCUUUUACUUAUCUUUAGUUAAUGCUCUUAAUUUACAAGCUAUAAAUUCUUACACAUAUCUAAUAUGACACUGGCUAGUGGCCAUAUUUAAUUUGGUGAUGACACAAAUAUUCUAAGUAAUGUUUUUGUAGAAUUAAUUAAAAAACUUGGAUAGUCAAUGAGGAUGAAUUAGAGUGAUGAUUUUUUGUGGUGUUGGUAGAGUGUUUUAUAUAAAUAUUAAAUAUAAAUGACCCUCAUAAAGGUAGCUGACUUUACAAUAAUCAUAUGCAUGUUUGAAUUAGUAUAAUAUAUGUAAUUAUUUUGUUUGAAUCAGUCCUUUCUAUACUCAAAGUCAGAAGUUUAUCUCUUCAAAUUAACAUGUCAUAACCACUUGUUUGGCAACAUCUUGGCUAGUACUCUCUCUCUCUCUCUCUCUCUCUCUCUCUCUCUCUCUCUCUCUCUCUCUCUCUCUCUCUCUCUCUCUCUCUCUCUCUCUCUCUCUCUCUCUCUCUCUCUCUCUCUCAAGAUCAAAAACCAUGGCUGACUUAAUGGUUAGUGGUGCUCUGCUCUCUGGUUUCAUCAAUGUCCUCUUUGAUAGGGUUGCUUCUAAUAAAGAUGUCCUUCAAUUAUUUCUUGGCGACAAGCUCAAUCAAAAGCUGCUCAUAGAGUUGAAGACUGUGUUGUUGUCGGCUGAUGCGCUGCUAAAUGAUGCCGAGGAGAAACAACUUGGAGACAACAACGUGAGGAAUUGGCUUGAUGAGCUUAAACAAGUAUUGUACGAAGCAGAUCACGUGAUGGACAAGAUCGGUACUGAAGCUCUUCGACUCAAGAUAGAGAAAGAUGAACUCGAAAGCAUUGCAAGUAAGUCCUUAAACAUUCUCAAAAAGUUUUAUAAUCCGUUUGAAAAGGCUGUGAAAUCUGAAAUAGAGAGGAUCUUUCAUAGAUUGAAAGAUCUUUUAGCUCAAACAAAACACCUUGGUUUAAAAAAAGUUGAUCAGAAAACAACAAUAGAUAGACCACAUGCCCCUUUGUUAGAUGAUUCACAAGUUUAUGGAAGAGAGGAUGAUAAAGAGGCUAUUCUUAAGUUAUUGUUUUGUGAUGAUGAAGAUGUUGACCAUAGGAUCUCAGUUAUUCCCAUAGUUGGGAUAGGUGGAAUUGGCAAAACUACUCUUGCUCAGAACGUAUAUUACGAUAACACUGUCCAAGAACACUUUUCUUUGAAAGUAUGGGUGACUGUAUCGGAUGACUUUGAUGUUCUUAAAAUAGCCAAACUUAUUUUGGAGAAGAUCGUUGGAAAAAGAUGUGAAACGAACGAGCUACAUCAAAUUCAGAAAGACUUGAAGGAUGCUUUGGCUGGGAAGAAAUUUCUUUUUGUUCAUGAUGAUGUAUGGAAUGAGAAUUACGAGUUGUGGGAUCUUUUGAAAAGCUCUUUUCAAUCUGGUGCACGAGGAAGCAAGAUUAUUGUCACCACACGUAAUGAAAAUGUCGCAAUGAAAAUGAAGACAAGAGAUGUUCAAACUUACAAGCUUAAAAUCAUGACUUAUGGUGAAUGUUGGAAGUUGUUUGCAGAGCAUGCCUUUGAUCAUGUAGACACUAAUGAGGUGGUAUUGUAUGAGUUGCAAGAAAUUGGAAGACAAAUUGUUAAGAAGUGUAAGGGCCUUCCUUUAGCUGUGAAAUCGAUGGCUGGACUUUUACGAUCUAUGUCCACUGUUGACGAGUGGAGACAUGUACUGCAAAGUAAUGUGUGGGAGUUGCCCAAUUCUCACAACAUUGAAAUUUUUCGAGCCUUGUGGUUAAGCUACCGAUUUCUGCCUCCUUAUUUGAAGCCAUGCUUUUCCUAUCGUUCGAUAUUUCCCAAAGAUUACGAAUUUCGUGAUGUUGAUAAGGAAAAACUAAUUUUAAUAUGGAUGGCAGAAGGUCUUUUACAGCCACAAAACGGAAAAAGAAUUGAGGUUGUUGGAGAAGGCUACUUCAAUGCUUUGAUUUCAAGAUCCUUUCUUCAAAGAUCUAGACGAAAUCGAUCUGUUCUCUUGAUGCACGAUCUUAUGCAUGAUCUAGCAUUGUACAUAUCUGGUAAGAAUUGCAUUGAUUCUGAUAGUUUUAAAGACUUUUACAAGCCUAAUAGCAGGACUCGCCAUCUAUCUUACAUGAAAGACAUAAAAGACAACAUAAAAUUUGAAAACUUCUCUAGAGUGGAGUAUUUGCGUAGCUUGUUGGCUUUACCAUUGUCAGCUGUAUACACAUUCUCCAAAACAAGAUUAACACAUGACAUUGUUCUCAGAGAUGGAGGAUGCUUAAGAGCUCUUUCUUUGUCAGAAUCUUCUAUCAAAGAGUUGCCUAAUUCAAUUGGAAAUUUAAAACAUCUUAGAUAUUUGGAUGUAAGUCACACAUCAAUCAAAGAAUUACCUACUUCAAUUUGUGCAUUGUACAAUUUGGAAAAUUUGUUGUUGAACAAUUGCUCUGAACUCACACAAUUACCUAUCACCCUUUCUAAGUUGAUACACUUGCGCCAUCUUAUGAUUGGAGGAACUUCAUUAAAAGAGAUGCCACCGAGAAUUUGCAAUAUGGUAAAUCUUCAGACAUUGAGCGAUUUUGUUUUGUGCGAAAGUGAUGGAUCUAGGAUCCAAGAGUUGGGUAAGCUGGAGAAUCUGCGCGGAAGCUUGCAUAUUUCUGGACUUGAAUAUGUCAAGGAAGUGAGUGAUGCUUUGGAAGCCAAGUUGAAGAACAAGAAACAUCUGAGUGAGCUUAUUUUAAGUUGGAAUGGUGAAGCAGAUGAUUCAAUAAAGGAAAGAGAAGUACUUAAUGCACUCCAACCACACGAAAAUUUGAAGAAACUUGAAAUACGCGGGUAUAAAGGCACAAACUUACCAGGUUGGAUAACACAUCCAUCGUACUCUAAUUUGAAAAAAGUUUAUCUGCAAUGCAAAAAUUGUUGCUUGUCGUUGUUAUCAUUUCAACCACUGAUUUCACUAAGAUAUCUUCAUAUUUCCUGUUUGGAAAUUCGUAGCAUUUUUCUGAAUAAGCCAUUUCCACUCUUGGAAAGAUUGGAGCUUGUUGGAAUAACUACAUUGGAUUGGUCAUUUACCAAUACAUAUGACCAAAAGUGUGAGAUUUUUCCUUGUUUGAAGAAAUUAUUCUUACAAACUUGUGGGAAUUUAAAUGUGGCAUUGCCCAGGGGUAAUUUUCCUUCUUUGGAAGAGAUCCACAUUUUAGAUUGUGAUGAAUUGGUGACUAUAUUUCCAUCAAGUAGUACUCUUGUUGACAUUGCAUAUCCCUCCCUUGAAAAGUUAAGCAUACAUCGUUGUUCAAGAUUGGAGUCAUUUUCAAAAAUGGGAUUAUUGCCCUUUACUACAAAAUUUCUAAUUAUCUCAUCAUGCAAUAUGCUCAUAGAGAAUCGCAUGAAAUGGAAUUUACAAAGACUUCCAUUGUUAAAUCGGUUAGAUCUUGGAACUUAUGUAGGAGCAGUGGAUUCAUUUCCAGAAGAAUGGUUACUCCCACACAGUUUGACUCAUCUUCUUAUCGGUAGAUUUGAUAAGCUUACAGCUCUAAAUGGCAAGGGUUUUCACCACCUUACCUCACUUCAACGAUUGUGUCUGAAUAGCUUGACAAACCUACAGUGCUUGCCAGAAGAAGGACUGCCCAAGAAUCUUGUUGCUAUGACCAUUAGAUAUUGUCCGCUGUUAGUUCCUCGGUGCAAGGAAGGAACAGGAGAAGAUUGGCCCAACAUCCAACACAUACCGAACAUACACAUAGAAACAGAAUAGCAGAGAGUUCGUUGAAUGAGGUGAGGAGGACUGAGGAACCGUUGGUGUCAUUUCCGACUUGUGUGACUUUUGAUGCUGCUGGUGUUGAUGAGUCUUCUGUUUUGCAUUUCAAGUGUAAAAGUUGUGUGUGGAUUUUGUUUGUUUUGUUGUGUGGGAUUUGUUACCACUGUAUUCUUCCGCCACAAGUAAAGUUAUUCAAUAAAUUCGGUAAGAGGUCACUCAUGCACAUGUGAUCUUCUUCUCUUCUUAAAAAUAUGAAGAAAUGUUGUUUAAUAAUAUUGGUGAAAGUGUACUGAAUUUGAGUGUGCCUCUAUACUUCAGUAGUUGUUUUUCAUAAUGUAUAGCAGUAUAGCAUAGUAUUUGAGGUUUUAUACUAUGGUGAUGAUCUUCUUCUGUUAAAUUACUCUGCUCACUUACAACUUUUAAUGAAAGUGAGUAAUUUGUUAUGGUACAUCUGUUUUGAUUAACUUUUAAA